AUGGGCAUCGACUGGAAUCCACGUCUGGACGGCACCAAUCGUCCUCGUCGUCUUCGAGGGAACUUGUCGGCUUCACGCGUCGGCUCGUCGGUGGGCCAUGGGCAGAGUGAGGGAACGAGGGGGCUUGUCGGUGAUUUCAUGGAGUAUGUACAAGAUGUCAUCUACCACAUAGAACUUGUGAAAAAGAAGUUUCCACAGAAACCCGUCUUCCUUCUUGGCCAUUCAAUGGGUGGAGCAGUGUCGAUAUUAGCAGCCAUGUCCAAGCCGAACUACUUCAAAGGGGUGGUACUGAUUGGCCCUGCGAUAACACCAGACAAAGAUUCGGCAACAUGUUUCAAAGUUUUUGCUCUAAAAAUAGCUGCGCGGAUUUUCCCACAGCUGGUUGUUGCAAAAAUUGAUCCUCUAAAAAUAUCCCGGGAUGAGGCCUUUGUCAAACGUUAUAAGGAAGACCCGUUGGUGUUUUACGAGACUGUCAAAUGUGGGUGGGCUUUGGCAUAUCUCCAUGCGCUGGCACAGAUCACCUCAAGUUUCCAAGACAUGACAUGGCCUUUCAUAGUUAUUCACGGGUCAGAGGACACAAUAUGUGAAAUGGAGGGCUCACAACUCCUGUAUGAUAAGGCAGCCAGCAAAGACAAGCAGAUCAAAAUAUUUGAUGGGGCUUUCCAUCAAGUGCACAACGAUACCCCAGAAGUGAAAAAGGAAACGCAAAAGACAAUUUCACAGUGGAUAGCAGAGAGACUUUAGAGUUGCCCAUUGAAUUGCCAUAUCAAAAACCAAUCCGAGUUAGUGCUAUGAAAUACUUAUGUAUUUAUUUCCAUUUGUUUUGGUGAUUACAAAUAGCUGUCAUUUUAAUGGUUUUUAGAGCCCGUAUAAUAUUAACUAGUAUGCUCUGAUGGUUUACAAAGUACUAGCAGAUACAUGUAUACAUGUAUAUUGUUAAUCUCUUUUUUUGUUUGAUCAAGCUUUGUUUAUUAUAUACAUACAUUUUGAAUAUUUUAAUUGUAUGAUAUUGUUUUAUGAGAUUUUUACAAUGCUUUACAGUUGGUUUUGUAUAAUAAUGAAUUUAUGUCAACACUGACGAUUUUAUGAUAUUUUUAUGCUCCCCACCCACCCACAUAAUCAAAGAUUGUGUGGUAUAUUGGUUCACUUAUGCCUCUCGUUAUAAAAAUGCAUAUUGGUAAAAUAUUAAGGCCAAGUUUUAUAAUAGCUUACUGCAAAAUCACCUCAGGAAUUGUGGAGAUACGUUCCUUGAUAUAUCUACCAUUUACCUGUCUAUGCCUUAUAUUCUCUGAGACCAACAUUAAGGUUUAUAGCACAUUUCUAUAAUCAACCAAUUGGUGCGCGCUACUGUGAAAUAAUGGCCCUUGAAUUUUGUCUGCAGACAUUCAUCAAGCGUGAUCGCAAUGUUAAGAUUCCAAUAUCUUUGUCAAGUGGAUGCCAAAAACUUGCUGACUUACAUUUUUAUUUAUCUACAUUUAGCACUAAUAACAGUCUCCUCUGCCUAUGGCCAGUGAAUGUCAUGUCAUUAUAUCUCGAAAUAAAUAUUAACUCUAACGGAAGGCAAAUAUCUUUCAAAUAACAAUCAUUAUAUCAGAAGAAUCUUAUAUUGUUUAAUGAUGUUUUGUGACUGUCAAUACUAUACAAAUUUAUUAUAACUGCACCCAUAUAUGACCCACGUCAUGCGAAAAUGGGCCUAACGGAAUAUGCGUACACCGCACCUCAAGUUCGGCCUGCAUAUCUGCGAAGUCUGUUCAGAAGCCACAUUGUCCACUUAUGAGGCGACGAAAUAUAGCGAAAAGCGUAGCUCCUGACAAGAACGUGCAAUUCCGCAGGCUUAGCUGGAGCUACGCUAGUCGUAUAUAACAUAAGACCAUUUUACAUGACGCGGGUCAUAUAUCAUGUCUUAUAGUUGAGGCAAAUUAAGUGUGAACGGUGUUUAUUAUUUUUAAGCUAUUGGAGGUAUAUUGUAAGUUGAUGUUUUGUAUUGUAUGUUAUGUUACGCAAAAUAAAAUAAAAUAAACUUUUAUAAACUAGAAAA